AUGGAGGAACUAAUGAAAACAAAAAGGCCAAUAAGAACAACUGCAACUGCAAUAAUCUAUUAUCACCGUUUUAAAGCGUUUAUAUCAGAGAAAGAAAAGGUCAUUCACGUUGACGGCUCAAUUAAUGCAGAAGAUGCAAUCAAUGCUAAUGAAGAACUACUAGCAACUACCUGCCUUCAACUCGCUUGUAAAGCAACAGAAGUUCCUAGAAAAGUAAGAGAUUUGGUUAAUGUCGGUUAUCGCUACUAUCAUUCAGACGGAUCGACACUAGAUGUAGAUGAGAGCUAUUUCAAAAUGAGGGCUUCAUUAGUAACAACAGAAUUAUUGCUAGUGCGGGCACUAGGUUUUGAUUUAGAAGUAGAACUACCCUUUGCUUAUUGUCUAAAUGUACUAAGAGGAUUAGCAUCCAUUCGCUAUUUUAUGAUGGACGAAACAAAGAAAUAUUCACGAAAACAGCAGCAUUAUCCACCAGCACAAAAAGAGAUUUGGAAACGUAUGGAAACAGAUAUGAGCCCUGAAAUGAGUGCAAUAGCUAGACUAGCUUGGGUAUACAUUUGGGAUAGUCUAUGCUCACCCAAGAUUGCCUUAUCACAUCCUGUACCGGUCAUUGGGCUUGGAUGCCUUUACCUUGCUCUUCGCACCUUACAAACUGAAAUGUCCAUGAACAUGAAUGAGUAUGUCGAUUUAUGGGGCGCAUCAGAGAAUAUGUCUGUUCAAGCUGUUCGUGAUUUUAUUACAGACUUUUUAGAAUUUCAUGACAGAAUAUCGCUAUCAGAAAGCCAAUAG